AUUAAGAGAAAAUAAGGAGAUACUCUCAGUUUGUAAUCCUAGUCAAGUUACACUCUUGUAUAUCAUUAGUCUAUGAACCUACAUGUAGAACUAGUUGGAUUAUAUUUGUUUGCUCAGUAUUUUAUCCAUCAUUAUUAUUAUUAAAGUGGAUCCCAUAUGGACACAACUAGAUAUUUUAUACGGCAGAGGAUUGGCCCAGUUUAUUUAAUUAUACCGUCCCUAUGAAAUAGAAGGAUCAAUGUUUUUUGUCAGCUGAAACGAAAAGGACAUGCUGCAUUUUUUAAAGGAGUGAUUUGAAGUAAAUUAAAUCUGAACAUUAAUUUUGAAUUGUAGACAGACUCUUCGUGAGUAUUUUCAAAAUGUCUAGUGUAUUAAGACAGAUAUGGAGUAUUCGGGUGAUGUUGAUUAUGUUUUUGACACCUUUAAUCCUGCUUCCAUUACCGUUAUAUAUUGGAACAAAGGAAGCAAAGACAGCCUUUGUUUUAAUCAUGAUGGCUGUUUACUGGAUAACAGAAGCUGUACCAAUAUCUGUCACUGCCUUGCUACCAGUCUUUAUGUUCCCAAUGUUAGGUGUUGUGAAAGCUAAAGAUAUCGCCCCUGCUUAUAUGUCGGAUACCCUCAUGGUAUUCUUGGGUGGCUUAGUUAUGGCUGUUGCUAUAGAAACCUGGAACAUUCACAGACGAAUGGCUCUACGUGUUUUAUUAUUGGUUGGUUCGGAGCCGAGAUGGUUGAUGAUGGGUCUAAUGCUGUCCACGUGGUUUUUAUCAAUGUGGAUCAGUAAUUCAGCAACAACUGCUAUGAUGAUACCAAUUGCUGAAGCUAUAUUAAUACAACUCAAGGGAACCAGUGAAAUACUCAAGAAAAGUGAAGAUACACCAGAAAAGUUAGACGAUGUAGAACUUAAGGAAAUAGAUUUGAAAGAAAAGGAAGUUUCAAGUAAAAGUGACGUUGACAGUGAAACAGGCGAGGGCAAAGAAGAUGAACAUUAUAAAAGAAUAUGUAAAGCUAUGUCACUAUGUAUCUGCUAUGCUGCUAAUUCAGGUGGUAUUGCUAGUUUGACUGGUACCGGACCAAACCUGGUCAUUAAAGAUCAAGUUGAUUUAGUGUUUGAAAAAUAUAAUGAAGAAUCUCCCAUAAAUUUUGCAAGUUGGAUGAGUUUUGGUUUCCCGUUGUCAUGCAUACUAUUGAUUGUCUGUUGGGUUUGGUUACAGAUACUUUUCUUAAGAUGCAAAGGUGCUUGCAGUUGUUGUUCAUCGGACCCAUUUCGUGAAUCUAGCGGUGAAAAAGUUAAAGCCGUGAUAAGACAACAAUAUGAGGACCUUGGUCCCAUAACAUACGCCCAAGGUUCUGUGAUGGUUUUGUUCGGUACAUUAGUUGUAUGUUGGAUAAGUAGAGAUAUAGGAGGAAUAGGAGGAUGGGGUGAUCUGUUUGAAGAAGGUUAUGUAAAAGAUUCAACACCAGCUAUAUUAUUAGCAGUUCUCAUGUUUUUCCUACCUUCUAAAGCACCGAAAAUUUUUUGUAAUGCUGACAAGGAUGAAGACGAUGUUGAAUCUCCACGACCACUGUUAGUCUGGAGAGAGGUACACGAAAAGAUGCCAUGGUCUCUCUUUAUUCUAUUGGGAGGUGGAUUUGCCUUAGCUAAAGGAUGCCAGGACUCGGGUUUGUCAGAAUGGAUUGGAGAACAACUGGAUUUUUUUAAAGACCUACAUCCGUAUGUAAUGUUAAUCGUUCUCUGUUAUAUCUGUGGAUUUUUCACCGAAGUUACAAGCAACAUUGCUAUCGCAACAAUAAUUAUGCCUAUCUUGUCUACCUUGGCUGAGAGUACAGGUGUCAAUCCAAUAUUUUAUAUGUUACCAGCCGCCAUUUCUACAUCAUUCGCCUACAUGUUACCAGUAGCAACACCUCCAAAUGCGUUGGUUUUUGCAUAUGGCCAUUUAAGAAUAAUAGAUAUGGCAACCGCUGGAUUUGUACUUAACAUCGUAGCCAUACCACUUUUAGUUAUGGCUGUAUAUGGCUGGGGAGACGCCAUCUUUAAUUUAGAAACGUUACCGCCUGGUUUCGUAGUUAAUACAACUCAAACAGCCAAUCUUACUUUUAUUUAGUGAUUUUUUAAUGUGUUCAUUUAGAUGUAUAUAUUUGUUAUAAAAUAUCGAUAAUGGUUGUUGAACUUUAUAAAUAUUAGUAGAUACGGUUGUAAAUGUCCCCCCAUAAUACCCUGUCUAUCAACGGUACUGAGGAACAGUUAAUUUUCAGCGUUAGUUUUAUAGACUGGGUGUGAGAAGGACAGACACUUUAGAAGAAAUAUUAUGCUAACCUAGAAGAUUAGUUUAUUUUAUACAACGGUAUAUGAAAUAAUCGAAUUUGCUUUUU